CCGGCUGUGAAUAUAAGUGUGGCAACAUCUCUGUUCCCUAUCCGUUCGGCUUCGGUGAUGAAAACUGUUACAGAAACGGCUUCGACCUCACCUGCAACACCACUUACUUCGAUCCACCUAGAUUGUUCUUGGGAACAAAUGGUACUGUGGAAGUCUUACAAGUAUCAUCACUAGGUACUUUGCACAUCAAAAACUUUAUCGGUUACGAUUGCUACAAUAGAUCGGGGUAUAGUACUCGGUGGAGCUGGCCUUCGGUGGAUCUGAAACAAAAACCCUGUACUUUUUCCGACACCCAAAACAGAUUCACCUCUAUCGGCUGCGACACCUAUUCCUACAUAAUGACCACCAAGGGCAGUAACUUCACAAGCGGCUGUUCCAUGAUUUGCAGUGGCCAACGGGGCCUCAUGAACGGGUCCUGUUCAGGCAUCGGAUGUUGCCAGACCUCCAUCCCAAAGGGGUUAAAGGAGGUUGAACUGAGGCUCGAUAGCUACAAAAAGCACAUUCAAGUCUGGAAUUUCAACCCAUGCAGCUAUGCUUUCUUUGUUGACCUAGACUGGUACAACUUCACAGUAACCGAUCUUAUGGGAUACAUGAGUUUUUAUAACAGAAAUGAUGCAGAAGUUCCAGUCGUGCUUGAUUGGGCAAUAGAGGGUUAUUGGUGCGAAAAUGGCUCAACGAAUGACACAGACUAUGCAUGCGGCCACAACAGCGAAUGCUUUGAUUCGCCCAAUGGUCUCGGAUACCUUUGCAAAUGUUCCCGUGGUUACCAAGGAAAUCCUUACCUCCAAGAUGGAUGCCAAGACAUAAACGAAUGCCAGGAUCUAAAUAGCACCAACUGCUCCCAUAUUUGCAUCAAUACGCCUGGGAGCUACUACUGCUCCUGCCCACCUGGUACUCAAGGAGACGGAAUAAAAAGUGGACGUGGCUGCACACCUCUGCCACCUUCCCAGACAGUGUCGCGGGUCAUACUAAUCUCCGUGGGUGUAGGUUUGGGUAUUGGGUCACUUCUUGGUAGUUAUUGGUUAUAUCAUGUUUUGAAGAGAAGGCAAAUUAAAAAACGCAAAGAAAGAUUCUUGAAAAGAAAUGGUGGGUUAAUAUUAGAACAACGGAGAAAGUCAGAAAGAGAUUUUGAGAAAUUAGAAGUUUUUACAUCAGAAGAGUUGGAGAAGGCAACAGACCACUAUAAUGAAAAUAGGGUUCUCGGCAGAGGUGGCCAAGGUACAGUGUACAAAGGCAUGUUAUCAGAUGGAAGAAUUGUAGCAGUCAAAAAAUCCAAAAUAGUGGAUGAAGACCAGCUCCAACCGUUCAUUAAUGAAAUUGCUAUACUUUCUCAGAUCACUCAUAGGAAUGUGGUUAAAUUGUUUGGCUGCUGUUUAGAGGCAGAAAUCCCUUUAUUAGUUUACGAACUCAUCUCUGGUGGAUCCCUUUCAGACAAGCUUCAUGACCACGGUAAAAAUUUCCGAUUUUCAUGGAGCAAUCGUUUAAAAAUUGCUACAGAAGUUGCAAGAGCAAUUGCCCACUUGCAUUCCAGCAUGUAUAUACCAAUCUACCACAGGGAUAUCAAGUCUUCAAACAUACUCUUGGGUGAGAAGUACGAAGCCAAAGUUUCAGACUUUGGGAUUUCAAGACCCGUGGCAAUGGAUCAAACUCAUGUAACCACAAAGGUACAGGGGACCUUUGGGUACAUGGACCCAGAGUACCUCCAGUCUGGUCAAUAUACGGAAAAGAGUGAUGUCUACAGUUUUGGAGUAGUUCUAAUAGAGCUUCUAACAGGUGAUAAACCAAUUGGCUCUCCUAGAGGAAAUUUAAUUGAACAUUUUAUUUCAUCAAUAAAUGAGAACCAUCUUUUCAAGAUUCUUGAUGUUCAAGUUGCACAGGAAGGUAAGAAAGAGGAUCUACAAAUAGUCGCCAACCUUGCAAUGAGAUGCUUAAAAUUCAGUGGAAAAGAAAGACCAACAAUGAGAGAAGUUGCAUCGAAACUUGAUGAAUUAAGGAAUUUUGAAGAACAUUCGUUAGCUACAAAUAAUGAAGCUGAGAUAGAGAACUUCAUAAGUAAACCAUCAGGUCUUUGGGAUACAGGUUCAACUUCAAAUGGCUGUGUAAGUGUGGAGAACAGUGUCAUGUCAUUAGUAGAUGAACAACCUCUGCUGUUUAAUGUAUCGUCUCAGUCAUCUUAGCUAAGACAUGGAUUUUGAAGAAUAGUUCAUUGUUGUUGUACUGUCCAAUAGUAUAAGCUUUUAUUAUUAUUAUUAUUAUUAUUACCCUUGGACUAUAAGAUGAAUUACAUAAGAUGAAUUACAUGGCAGAUCUUGU